ACCCGCCUCGACUCAGCUGCAGCAAAUAGCAGACCCUCCCGGCCCCCGUCGCCCUUGUCCUCCACUCGUGUUCCUGCUCCUGUGAGAACUGCGGGGUCAUCUUUGCCUUCGCCUGGCAGGGUAAUGAGAGAAGAAAGAGGCCCGGCUCGUUCUGCAUAACCCAUCACCGUGAAGACAUUUGAAUGUGAGGCUGGUGCCGGGAGUCCAACAUGGACGUCAGUAAGGACGGCGGUGGAGGGUCCCAGCCGUCUUCACCCUCCAACACCGGCUGCCAUAAAGGCGUGGUCAUAGCCUGCGUCGUCCUUUUCCUCAUUGUAGGCAUCUGUGCAGGCUUCGCUAUUGCAUACCUGCUGGAGGAGCCACAUGAUUUUUUGGAGACAGUGGAGCUGAAGGGCCUUAAGUACAAUCCAGAUCUACAGGAUGAAAGCUCUGGUUUCUCCAUAAUGCUUUCCUCGGCUUUAAAGUCCAAGGUUAAAGAUAUCUUCACUGCCUCAUCUAUAUCAAAUCAUUACGAGGACUGCAACAUUGUUGCCUAUGGUAACACCCAUGGUGACGUGAUGGCAACAUUAAGGCUGUUCUUCAGGGUGUCCAAAAUCCAGCAGUAUUCAGACAACUUUGUUCAGGACCUGCUGAGAGCAGGGCUCGGCUCGGCGCUGCAUGGGAAACCACUAGAGGUGCCUGGGUUUGGACAGAUCAGCUCCAUCGUCUUGUUGGGAGCCAGGGGGAAGUCCUUUUAUGUAAUCGGAGAUGACAUGGCAGCCAGGUGUCCGGUAAAAGCGUAUACCUGCGCCAACGGCGAAUGCAUCACCAAGAAGAACCCAGAGUGUGACUUAAUUCCCGACUGCGCGGACUCGUCUGACGAGGCUUUCUGUGACUGUGGCUUACGCCCGGCCAUGGGGAGCCGGAUAGUCGGCGGCGAGGACGCUCGCGAGGGGGAGCUGCCGUGGCAGGUCAGCCUGAGGUAUCACUGGAGGCACACGUGCGGAGCCUCCAUCAUCAACGAGCGCUGGAUUGUCAGCGCAGCGCACUGCUUCGAAGGUGCCUCUACUCCCAGCGAGUGGACGGCCCUGGUUGGAGCCAAACUGGUCAACGGCAUAGAGGCCGAGUCAAAAACCAUCAACAUCAAGUCGAUAUUUAUGAAUCCUAAAUACGACCCCAUGACCAACGACAACGAUGUGGCCGUCCUGGAGCUGGAGACGCCGCUCGUCUUCAACUCCCACGUCCAGCCGGUCUGCAUCCCCUCCCCGUCCCACGUUUUUGAGCCGGGUCAGAGCUGCAUCGUGUCUGGGUGGGGCGCUCUGGAGCAGUUUAACACAAAGGUGCCCAACGUACUGCAGAAAGCGGUGGUUAAAAUCAUCGACUCCAAGGCCUGCAAUCAGUCGGCCGUGUACAGAGGUGCCGUUUCUCAGAACAUGAUGUGUGCCGGAUUCCUGCAGGGGAAGGUGGACUCCUGUCAGGGCGACUCCGGGGGGCCGCUCGUGUGUGAGGGGGCCCCGGGGAGGUUCUUCCUGGCCGGGGUGGUGAGCUGGGGCGUGGGUUGUGCCCAGGUCAACAGGCCCGGUGUUUACGCCCGCGUCACCAAGCUCAGAAACUUCAUCCUGAAGUUCACAGAGCCAGCUUGGCUCAGCGACCAACCUAAGCCUGCUGCAACAGUACCGGUUCCGGUGACCAGCAAGUCCUCCGGGAACCUUCAAGUGCCGGGGUACUUGGAAAUGGAUGAACCAGCCGGUGCACCUGUACCUGCCAUAAACUGCAGUGAUACCUUCCAGUGUAGCUCCAGUUUGUGCAUCAGUAAGGUCAACCCGGAGUGCGACAGAAUCCGCGACUGCCCCAACGAGGCUGACGAGGAAAACUGCGACUGCGGCGUCCGUCCUGCGCUGGGCGUUCAGCGGAUCAUAGGCGGAGUCGCCGCCCGGAGGGGAGAGUGGCCGUGGAUCGGCAGCCUCCAGUACCAGAGACAGCAUCGCUGUGGCGCCACGCUCAUUCACAAGAAGUGGUUACUGACCGCUGCACACUGUUUCAAUAGUGAUUCCAGUCCCACUGACUGGGCGGUCAGCCUCGGAUCUGUGCUGCGGACUGGGUUAGGCGCGCUGGUUAUUCCCAUACAGAGAGUGAUUAUCCACCCGGCUUUUAACGGCACCAACAUGGACCACGACGUGGCUCUGCUGGAGCUGGCGGUGCCGGCCCCCGUGUCCUACACCAUCCAGCCGGUGUGCCUUCCCUCUCCGGUGCAUCUCUUCCUGGAGAACUCAGAGUGCUUCAUCACAGGCUGGGGCUCCAUGAGGGAAGGAGGUUCACUGACCAACCUGCUGCAGAAAGCUGCAGUGAACAUCAUCGAGCAGGACGACUGCCGGCCGUCGUACAGUAACGGCCUGACUCCCAACAUGAUGUGCGCCGGAUUUAUGGAGGGAGGACGAGACUCCUGCCUGGGGGAUUCUGGAGGGCCGCUGACUUGCCGUCACCACUUCGGCCCGUGGUUUAUUGCCGGGGUGACCAGCUGGGGACACGGAUGUGGACGGUCCGGUUUUCCCGGGGUUUACACUCGGGUGACGUCUGUCAGGAAAUGGAUAUCAACACACCUACCUUUCUGAUAAGAGGGGGGGAGGAAAAAAGUGCCCGUAAAGAAAAACACGUGGAAACAGUGGAUUUUUGCUGAUAACUCUUUUCCGCGUCACUGUACUGUACAAGGACUAAAGUCAUACCAGAGACCAGAUAAACAUAAAAACACCGACCUACGUCUCAUGGACCAUUCAACAUGUACUGAUGAAGUAAUCACAAGCGGCGGGUAACGCGCUGCCAACACUUGCAUGAUUAAAAGUAUUUAUUGCUCUUAUUUAUUUUCCUGAUGGGUAGAAAUACUGGUAUGGGUGUUGUUUUUGUACUGCGUGGCUUUCUGAGUGCACACUGGUCAGCCUUAGCAUUAAAAGCCACCGACAGGAGAGGGGCACGGAUCUUCUUAUUGCGAUGCAGCAUGGUGCUGGAGAUCCUUGCUUCCUGACAUUUACAGGGAUGUUUGGAAAGACAUUGCACCUCUAGACAACAGUGAUGUCUCAGGUAUGGCACAAAGGCCUAUUUUACACGGCCUCCAAACUCUGAUUGCAACCUGAUUGUGCAGCAGUGCUUUGUGCCGUGACAUAUAGUUCUUACUAGGCAGCUUUCCCCCUUAAAAAAAAUUAUCGUUUUCACUUUUUCUUUUCUUGAGGAACUAGAAUGAUUCAAAUCAUCAAAAAAAAAAAUACGAAUGUGUCACACAAAGAUAACCUGAGUUAAAACAAACCCCCCAGUUUUCAAAUGAUGGCAUUUAUUAAAGGAAAAAAGCUCUCUGUGGUAUGUAGUUCAACGCUCAUUUUGAUCCUGGAGCUCUCCCGCUGAUGCCACUUUUGCCCAGUUUCUUUUCUCGUGGUUGAAUCACAAACACGGACCUUAACUGAGAAAGGUUUUGGUUUGCAGUGGUCCAAUUUGUUGUUUUGAGAUCAUCUCAGACUUCCUGGGUGAGUCACUGAUGAGCUCUUGUGGUAAUUAUGGUCGGCUGGCCACUCCUAGGAGUUUCAUGUUCUCUCCAUUUGUGGAUAAUGGCUCUAAAUGUCAUUCAUCUGAGUGCUAAAGCCUUAGAAAUAGCUUUGUAGCCCUUUCCAGACUGACAGAUGUCAAUAACUUUGUUUCUCAUUUGUUCUCUGAUUUCUUCAGAUCAGAGCAUGUUUUGCUUUUCUAAAGCUUUUAGCCUACUUCGUGCCGUCAGGCAGGUUUCUUUUAAAUGAUUUCUCGAUUCUAGAAAUCUGGCAGUAAUGAAAACUGGGUGUGAGUGAAACAAAGAUAUUUGUUUAAUCACAAUUAAUUCAUGAUUUAACAAGUGGGGUAAUUACCUUUUAACAUAGGGCCAUGUUGGUUUGCAUAGCAUUUUUCCUUUAUUAAAUAAAUUCAUAAUA